UGCAUUACUUGCAUAAAGUCUCUGUCGCUGAGUAUAUUGACAGCUGAGCCACUGUCUAGCUGGCAUUUGAUAGUGCUGCUUGGAUCAUAAUCACAGUUAUUACAUAUCAAUGGGGUAAGCUUUAAAGUUUGCAAACCAUUUAUCUUUGCCACUUUGAACAGAAUUAACAUCUCAUGUAUAGCAUGUCUGCUUCUUCAGCAUAAUUUUGAUCACUGCAUGUAUCCUGUUCUAGCAGAUUGACAGGCUUACUUUGUCUGCACACUUUUGCAAAAUGUUUUUUUUUUUCUCCAAAUAAUUUGCAUAUAACCCCAUAUGGUGGGCAUUUGGCUCUUGCGUGUGUUGAUCCACAGUACCUGCACACUACUUUAGUAUUUUUCUCCUUAGACCACUGUCCGAUUAAUCCUGUUUUCAUUUUCUGUCGACAUGGUCUCUGUAUUUGUUCUGAGUGGCAUACGUGAGUGAUUCUGCCUGUUCAGGGACAGUGUUCAUCUUUUUUAAUUGGAUCUGCGUCUGUUCGUUUGCUCUGCAUAUAUUUAUGCAUUUUUAUUCAGCGUUGUGGUUCGCGCAGCAUACUUUACUCCGUUAUCUUUACAGCCAAUCACAAGUCUGUCUCUGAUCGUUUCGUCUCUCAUUGACCCGAAAUCACAAGAAUCCGACAAUUGACGCAACCUCACAAUAUAUUGACCAGACGUCUCUGCUUCUUUGUUCACAUGUUAAAAAUGAAUCUUUCAUUAAUCACAUUACGAGUUGGUUCAAAAUGUCUUUGUAAAACGUCAAGGAUUUUCUUAUAAUUGUUUAUAUCCUCUUCCCCCAGAUCUAGGUGACGCUGAAGCAUAUGGCACUCUCUUCCAAUAACACUGAGCAGUGUUGCCACUCUCACAUGCGGGUCUUUAAAAAAUAUAUAUAAACCUGUAGCGUUUUAAUAAUUCUCCCACUGAUCACGGAAAAGCAACCCGUUUUGGUACAAAUCGCCGUUCAUGUCCAUGGCGCUAGCCACCGGAAUUUGACUGAGAUACAUUGCAGGCUCUUCGUACUCGCUCAUUUGUUCCACUUAUUUGUGUUUAUCCGACAGCGAUUACAUUGUCCACAUACCUUAUCCUAUUUUCCGUGGCGCUUGACUUUGGGUUAUUUUCGCUGACACCAUGUUUUAACUUCCCAUAGGUGUUCUCAUUACUGAUGAAUUUACAUCUAUCGCAAACGUAUUCUUGAGGAUGGCAACGAAGAGUUGGGCGUCCGGCACACGUGUUGCCAAGAGUGACCACAGCAAACCUAAAGCUGGUGAACUGGCCUACCGCAAAGGAGACAUCCUCACCGUUGUGGAAACGGGGACGGGGAAACGACAUUACAAGGCCAGACACAACACCACAGGAGAGGAAGGACUCGUCGCUGCCACCAACGUGCGAGAACGAGAGGCCAUUUGCGUCGACCCUCGUCUCAGUCUCAUGCCCUGGUUCCAUGGGAAGAUCUCAGGUCCUGAGGCGGUGUCCAAGCUGCUGCCUGUGGAGGAUGGCCUGUUCCUGGUGCGGGAGUCCAUCCGCCACCAUGGUGAUUACGUGCUCUGUGUCAGCUACUCCAGCCAGGUCAUCCACUACCGAGUCAUCUACCAGGACAGCAAACUGACCAUCGACAACACCCAGUACUUCUACAACCUCUUAGACAUGAUCGAGUUCUACUCCCAGCACAAGGGAGCUAUUGUUACCAAACUUCUAAAGCCCAAAGAGAAGGAGGGCACAAAGUCAGCUGAGUUGGAGCUGUCUAAAACGGGAUGGCUGCUGGAUAUCAGGGAGCUGACCUUGGGAGGGAGUAUCGGGGAGGGGGAGUUUGGAGCGGUGUAUGAAGGAGACUACAUGGGCCAGAAGGUGGCAGUAAAGAACAUUAAAUGUGAUGUAACAGCACAGGCAUUCUUAGAAGAGACCACUGUUAUGACGAAACUGCAGCAUAAGAAUCUGGUGCGGUUGUUGGGGGUGAUCCUACACAAUGGACUGCACAUCGUCACAGAGCUCAUGGCCAAGGGUAAUCUGGUGAACUUCCUCCGGACAAGGGGCCGUUAUGUCAUCAACACUGACCAGCUACUGCGCUUUGCACUAGAUGUAUGUGAGGGUAUGGAGUACCUGGAGUCUAAGAGGUUGGUCCACAGAGACCUAGCGGCCCGUAACAUCCUGGUCUCCAACGAGGGCGUGGCCAAGGUCAGUGACUUUGGAUUGACCAAGUUGGACUGCAAGGCCUCAGACAAUGCUAAACUACCAGUCAAAUGGACAGCCCCCGAAGCCCUGAAGAAAGAGAAAUUCUCCACGCGGUCAGACGUAUGGAGCUAUGGUGUUCUCCUCUGGGAGACGUUCUCUUAUGGUCGACAACCCUACCCCAAAAUGUCUCUGAAGGAGGUGAAGGAGCUUGUGGAGCAGGGUUACCGUAUGGAGGCUCCAGAGGAGUGUCCCCCCAGUGUCUACACCCUGAUGAGGUGCUGCUGGGAGGCUGAGCCCAGGAAGAGGCCCUCCUUCCAGAAACUACAGGGGAAGCUGGAGAGAGAGCUGACCAAACAACAGCCCUGACUGCUGAAGUCAAUUUAAUAAUCCUAUUCAAAUAACUACUGGGCUCUUGUUUUGAGCUGCCUGGAGCAGGGACAGUAACCCGGGACAGGUGGACCCAAGUGGUUACCGCUCGCUUCACAGCUUUCCCGGGAAACUCUCUGUAUUCUAGCAUCACACGGACAAAAGAGUAGCGGAUGAAGGAGUUUGCUUCUGCUGCUGCUGCGUUCGCGGUAGAACAUACCACGUGGCGGCGGUGCUUUGUGCGUGCCCACAUCCUGUAAAUGGCUACAGUGUAAAAUCAUGCAUCUUGAUUUGCUUAAAGAAAAAGCAUAUUGUUUUUACGGCAAAAUCGUUUAAACGUAUGUUGAGUUUGUGCGAUGAAGGAUGCAGGAUAUUAUACUAAGACACAACAUGUUAUCGAUUUUUAUUGUAUUUUUAUGGAAUGAUCUACUGUAAUGAGGAGUCCUUACACUCAUUUCUGUCUGUGUUAUUAGAGGUAGCAACUCAACUCGUCAUGUCUCCACACCCCAAUUCUCUUUCCUGAGUAACACAUUAUUUGUGUUACCAAUAUGGGGCCAUAAUUUUUCUUUCAUAAGAGACAGAGAGCGAAAAGGAUAGAGGGAGAGCGAGAUGGAAAGAGGGAAAAUGCUGAUCCGGGAUUAAAUCCCAGAUCAUCCGUAUCUGCUUGUUUCAGACUGUAAUUGUCCAGCAAUAUGCCCUGCGACUCAGGGGCUUAAUAUGUGAAAUCUUGAAUGUUAUUGCUGAUAUUAGUAAGGAAUUACAAAGCCGACAGCAGUUUGUCUGUGUACAAGCUCUGAGGAGCUACAGGGGAUUGGGACGGAAUAUCCUAUUUUAUUUUCAGUUCAUUUGCCAUAAAUGUAGUAGACCUAUACUCCCAUAAAACCAGUGACUCAGCAGGUCUUAGUCGAUCUAUCUGUGUAAAGGGAAUUUCUUAAUUAAAUCUAAAAGCAAAGGGGUGCUCGGUUUGAACAGAAAUAGUUGGAUUUUGGACAAUGGACAUUUGCAAAGAAGAGAAACAUGCUGCAUCUGGAGUUUACAAAAAAAAUAUAUUAAAAAAAUAAUGUAAUAAUGUAGAUAAGGGACUUACCUCUAAAACAACCAAGGUUCCUCUGUCUUCAAGCAGCUAUGAUUUAACUCAACCCAGAUUAGAGAGGGGAGAGAUUUUUAUUUUAUUAUUGUCACGUUACAACCCAAAUUAAAGAUGUCAUUAGUUUUAAGUCUUUGUAAGCCUGGUAUUUGUCUUUCACCCAUGGGAUGGACCCCAGAUUGGGUCCUGAUCCGCUCCCAUCACAUCACCAUAGGGCCUGUGUGUUGAUUUGCUUUGUUUCCCUAAAACUUCUCAUGGAUGCUUUGAAAUGUUCCAAGAAAUGCUGAAAAAAUAAAUAGGAAUAUUUUUAACUUA